UAUUGGAUUUUAUCAUUUAAACGUUAUUGAUUAAUAAAUAAUUCAAAUUCUUGCAAUUUCACAAUAAUAUUGAAAAUGAACAUUAAAUUAUUAACCUUAUUAUUUUAUACUACAAGUAUUUUUCUUAAAAUUGGACUUGUUGAUUGUAAAACAAAUAGAAAGGCGUAUACAAAAUAUUUUAAACAAGUGACGAAGCACAUACGUGUUCAAUUCACAAAAAUGAACCUGGAACACUUAUCAGUAAAGACUGACAAAGAUAAAAUGAGCAUAAAAGAAUUUCUAGAAAAUUCAUUAUGUAACAUUUGUGAAGUAUUUGAAACAUUUCAUAAAAUAGUUGAUUUAAUUAACUAUUUAUAUACUGAAGUACUACAAAUAUUUACUGAACACUUGAAAAUCAUUAUAGAUGAUUGUAAAAAUUAUUUUGAAAAAAAUUCAUUUAAAGAUGCAAUUUAUUGCACAGUAGUAAUUUUAAAUGCAACUAAAAAUUCAAACAUGAUGUUUGAAUAUUUAUACAAAGCUAUAACAUUUAUUGAUUACUUAGAUAUAAAAUUAGUGUCAAAAAAUUCACUAAUUCGUCCAAAAACAGUUGCAGAGGAAAUUUAUACCGUUAAAAAUUACACGUUUUUAAUGAAGACAUCAGAAUUGCUGAAUUAUGUAAAUAAUGACGAAAGUAUCAAAAUUGAAGAAGCUAAAGAAGACUACAAAGAAAUAAAUAACUUUUUCAAUAAACUUGUUGCAAUAACACGUAAAGAUUUUAAAACAAAUUUUAAUAUUAUAAAUAGUACAAUGAAAUACAAUUUACGAGAAAAGUAUUACACAGAAUACACAACAGAUGAGCAUAAAAUAAAAUUUGUCGAUUUUGUUAAAGAAAAGUUAAAGGCUUACUGUUUCGAAACCAUUAAUAACUAUUAUAUUAAAAUAGGAUUCAAUCAGUUACUUGACUCUAGUAUUGCUGAGUUCAUACCCCCUCGGAACAUUGACGUUUCUCAAUGUAAAGCAAUUGAAGUACUAAAUACUUUAUUCCGAGAAGGAGAUUGGAAGCUAUUAAACCAUAUAAAAAUAAUAUGUGGUGAUAUAACAAUCACUACUGACCAAAUUAUUAGAGACACUGUGGACGAUCAUAAUAUUAAUCUAAAAAAAAGAUACUUUACACAGCUAAUAAGGUGCAAAUAUACUGAAGUAUUAAGCAAAUAUAAUACGUAUAUGUCAGCUAUAAUUCAAACAUGCUUAUGUGAAAUUACUAAAAAAAAUGUAACUGGCUAUGUAGAUUGUAUUAUUCAAUUUUUUGAUGCGGUAAAAAAUUCAAAAGAAAUGUUUAAAUAUAUGUUGUCAGCAAUAGAUACAUUAAAAGUUACAUCAAUUUGGGAACUGCAUAAGUCACAUGCAUGUUUAAAGCAAACAUAUUUUUUAUUAAGUAGUUUUUUCCCUAAUAUUGAACAUAUUAAUUUAACGAAAAGUGAUUUUUUCAAUCUAUCUAAUGACGAAAAAAAAAUAAAGGCCGAUAAUUUCUUAUCAGAUUUUAAAAAAGCACGAAUACAAUUUGAUCGUAUACUUUUUACCCGAAAUGUUUAUGCCUGUAAUUAUUGUUUGAUUAAUGGUGAAAAUAUCAAUCAAAAUCAAUUAAUGCAAUCAUGGGCGACUAUACUUUUAUCAGCUAAUACUAACAACACUACUGGAAGCCCAAUAAUUUUAUAUGACUAUGCUUUGACUCAAUUUAGAACGUUUUGUAAUGUUGCUAUUACAAGUGUAUACGAUUGUUUAGGGUUUAAUAAAAUAAAAAUAUAAUAUACACGUACAUUAUAUUACACUACAUCAUAGUAAUUAAUAAAAUUCUUGUAUUUUUAUUUUAUUUUGAAUUAAUAAAUUUUUAAACUUUUA